UAAAAAUCCAGAGGAGAAGAAGAAGAAGUAGUUCCGGGUAGGCGUGGACCAUUCUUCAGAAUAACGAAAGCGUUAGAACUGUGCUGUCAAGACGAUAACCGUUGUAUGUAUUACUACAGCCCGACUCAGAUUAAGUCCGAGGCCAGUAACAUCAACAGUGAGGACAAACCCAGCCUGCCUCUCUCCUUUCACACUGAGUCCAAACGUACAGUCACUGGGUCCUGAUUGUGACAGUUGAGCCCAGUUUGCACUGCAGGAUCCAGAGAUGGCAUCAGUGAAGCUGGAAGACUGCAGUCAAACACUAGAGCUGAAUGUCAACAUUAAAGAUGAAGAAGAGGAGGAGAAGAUUGGGAAAUCUGUUAGUCAUGGUGACGUUGAGACAUUCUCUACAUCCAGAAAGCAGCAGGAAGAUCACAGAGCUAAGAGGUCUCACCACUGCCCACAUUGUGAGGAGAUUUUCCCAAUGCUAUCAAAGCUAAAAAUACACCUAAAAAUACACACAGGAGAGAAUCUGUAUUCCUGCACUGACUGUGGGAAGAGCUUCACAACAUCAAGGGCUCUGACAGUUCAUCAGAGAUGGCACACGGGAUUGAAGUCUUUCCCCUGCUCCGACUGUGGAAAGAGUUUCACAACAUCAAGGGCUCUGACAGUUCAUCAGAGAGUGCACACAGGAGAGAAGCCUUACUCCUGCUCCGACUGUGAAAAGAGUUUCUCCCGAUUGGAUAAGUUAAAUAGGCACCAACUAAUACACACAGGAGAAAAGUCUUACUUCUGCUCUGACUGUGGGAAUUGUUUCGCCCAAUUUAAUACCUUAAAAUCUCACCAGCGUAUGCACACAGGAGAGAAGCCUUACUCUUGCUCUGACUGUGGGAAGAGUUUCUCUCAACUGGGAAGCUUACAAACACACCAACGUAUUCAUACGGGAGAGAAGCCUUACUCCUGCUCUGACUGUGGGAAGAGCUUUAGAACAUCAGGGGCUCUGACAGUUCAUCAGAGCGUGCACACUGGAGAGAAGCCUUACUCUUGCUCUGACUGUGGGUGCAGAUUCUCUCAACGGAGAAACUUAAAAAACCACCAACAUAUACACACAGGAGAGAAGCCUUACUCUUGCUCUGACUGUGUAAAAUGCUUCACAACAUCAUAUGAGCUAACAGUUCACCGGAGAACACACACAGGAGAGAAUCCUUACUUCUGCUCUGACUGUGGGAAGAGUUUCUCCCUAUUGGAUACCUUAAUCAAACAUGAACGUAUACAUACAGGAGAAAAGCCUUACUCCUGCUCUGACUGUGGGAAGAGUUUCUCUCAACAGAGUAACUUAAAAAGACACCAACGUUCACAUACAGGAGAAAAGCCUUACUCCUGCUCAGACUGUGAAAAGAGUUUUUCCCAAUUGGAUAAGUUAAAUAGUCACAAGCGAAUACACACAGGAGAGAAGCCUUACUCGUGCUCUGACUGUGGGCAAAAUUUCUCUCAACACAGCAGCUUAAAGAAACACCAACAUAUACACACAGGAGAAAAGCCUUACUUCUGCUCUGACUGUGGAAAAUGCUUCACAACAUCAUCUGAGCUAACAGUUCACCAGAGAACACACACAGGAGAGAAGCCUUACUUCUGCUCUGACUGUGGAAAAUGCUUCAAAACAUCAUCUGAGGUAACAGUUCACCAGAGAACGCACACAGGAGAAAAGCCUUACUCCUGCGCUGAAUGUGGGAAGAGUUUCUCUCAACAGAGCAACUUAAAAAAACACCAAUGUUUACAUGGAGGAGAAAAGCCUCACUUCUGCUCUGACUGUGGGAAUUGUUUUACCCAAUUAUAUACCUUAACAUGUCACCAGCGUAUACAUACAGGAGAGAAGCCUUACUCUUGCUCUGACUGUGGGAAAAAUUUCUCUCAACACAGCAGCUUAAAGAAACACCAACGCAUACAUAAAGGAGAAAAGCCUCAUCAGUUCUCUCAGACCAGCUAAGGUUAAAGUCCAUCACUUAAUUCUCAUGUCAUAAAGUAAGUGGUAACACUGAAUUGGAUCCUAUUGUUUCUCACUGUGAGAACUGUGCAGAGGAAAUGGCGAAUUACAGAAUGUUAGCCUCUCUUUACUAAUCAGUGUACACCUUGUCAGUUUUGGUGUGUUUUGUUAGCUUCUACUGUAAAGAGGAUCAGUUUUCUGUGGGAAUAAGCUAGUAGACACAACAUGUAUCAGAUAGAGAUGUUGUGAGGAUCAGUUUUAUGUGGGAAUAAGCUGGUAGACACAACAUGUAUCAGAUAGAGAUGGUGUGAGGAUCAGUUUUCACCUUUUGUUUGGGUGGAUAUAUAUUUUUUGACUACUAAGGGACUGUAAGGUAUUUAUAAUAAGGGAUACCUGGAGAAAAUCAUAUCUCUCUGAAAUGGAAAUGGAUGGCCCUCCCUUCAGUUAAAUAUAUUUUUACCCGACCCUCCCUGAACACUUGACAACAACAAAAAACAAGUGACCCUCCACUAUACCCAAAAUAAUAAUUUAAAUAGGAAGUGGAUUGCAGAGAACAUGCCUACUGUUUACCCUCACUCCUUGGACAGACCAGAGUCUUAGAUAUGCUGUUUUAGAAACGGUUCUUCGUUUUGUAAGCGUUACAUGGCAAAGUAGCUAGAAGGUUGUGGUUUUGCAGAACACCGUGGAUAAGGGUAGGGGUGAACAUACAGGUCCCUCCACUAAUAUUGGGACACUUGGUAAAUAUGAGCAAAACGGGCUGUGAAAAAAAUAUGCUUGCUGUUUAUCCUCUUGGUGUUUCAUUCAAAAUAUUUACAAAAAUCGAACCUUUUAAUUAAAGUAAAAUGAUUGAAAAAAAUACAUGUGAAAUAAAUGUUUUUCUUCAAAACAUGUGUUGCACAAUUAUUGGCACCCCUAGAAAUGAUUAUGAGUAAAAUCUAACUGAAGUAUAUUCCCAUUCAUGUUUUCCGUUCUUAAGUUCACCUGAGUGAUUAGGAACACUUAAGUGGUAAGCCGUGACUUCCUGUUUCACUGGGGUGUAAAUAUAUGGUGACACACAGGCCAAGGUCCGAUAGUCAUCCAUCACUAUUGGAAAGUUGUGAUAAUGUGCGACAAAAGGUUGUUGAGCUGCACAUUUCCACUAUCAGGGCAAUAAUUAAGAAAUGUAAAGUUAACAAUGGGCCUGGAAGAGGACAUGUGUCAAUAUUGACCCCACGCACAGUGAGGAGGAUGGUUCGAGUGGCAAAAAAAAUCUCCAAGGAUCACAGCUGGAGAAUUACAGACGUUAGUUGCGUCUUGGAGUCAG